CGACUUAACUGGGUAGGGGGCUAGGCUUAGACAACUACGGGCUCAAGUGGGUGGGCUCUGGCGCGUUUUCGAGCUUAGAUCGCAGUAAGCUUUAAGUUUUCCCGCAGAUUUAAGGGUAGCGGUCGGCAAUCUCAAAGAGAGGAAUGCAAGAUUCCAGCUCCUGAAACGUACGUCUGGCGCGGGGGAAACCGGGCUUGGACCCGGGAAUCCGCAGUUUGUAGCAGGAGACUGCCGAGGCCCAGAAGGGCCUCCCCCUGGGGAUAGUCGGAUUCCCGACUCGGAAACACUUCCCGAGCUGCGAGACGCGAGCCCUGACUUCCGAGAGCCCCUAUAAAGAUGACUCAGGAUCGGCCUUUGCUUGCGGUGCAGGAGGCCCUGAAGAAGUGCUUCCCGGUGGUGGAGGAGCAGCAGGGACUGUGGCGGGGCGCUCUGAUGGACUGCCAGCCCCUCCUGGCCUCCCUCAGCAAUCUGGCGGAGCAGCUGCAGGCAGCGCAGGGUGUGCGGUUUGAGGAGGUGCCGUCGCUUCGGGCCUUCCCAGAUUUAAAGGAACGGCUGAGGCGCAAGCAGCUGGAGGCUGGUGACACCGUCCUGGACAAGCUAGGGGAGAAGCUAGCUGUCCUCCUCAAGGUGCGAGACACAGUCAGCAGCCACGUGGAACAAGUACUUCAGGUCUAUGAAAAGCACGCAGACGCCAUCAGCAUCGAGGCUGUUCUGCAGGCUUCAGUUGUGAGCCCCUCUGUGGCUGAGAUGCUGGAGUGGUUGCAAGAUAUUGAGAGACAUUAUCGAAGUUCGAAGAUACCUGAGGAGGAAGUACCUCCUGUCCUCAAUCCAUUGGGGAGACUUGGCAAACAUCCAAGCUUUGCCCAAGGCCUGGGACUGCAUUUCGGAAGAUGAACACCAGGACCUGGUACAAGAUGUCCUGCUGAACGUGUCCUUCUUCCUGGAAGGGUAAGGAAGCUGUGCGUUUUUGCGGAGACCCGGGGUGCACAGUUAAAGACCGACAGAGCUGAACUGUGGCAUUUCUGAAGACACGUGAACGUCGCCACUGGACAUACUGGAAAAAUGGUCUAGAGCCCAAGGACUGGCUCCUGGGAGAAUUGUGCCAGGUGUUUCUGACAGUGGGGCUUCUCCCUGCCAGGUCACAGCUGAGGGGACUCGGGCCACCCCUCGCUCUUUCCUGAGGCCCGGGGGAGCGGGUGGAGGCCAAGCGUGCAGGGAAGGCAGUGCCAGACACCAGGGUGAGGAGCCAUGUGACGUGGUGGGUAGGGAAGGAGAGGACAGGUUAGAGGGUGGCCCGCCCUCAGCCUCACCCAAAGCUCUGAGCCUGGUUGACACCAAGGCCUGGUUUUGUGUGUUCGUGUCAGUAACCGAUUCUGACAGUAACAUUGUUAACUAACAUUCUGUCAGUAACAAGAAAGUGACCGAUGAUUUAAAGAAAUAAGGGCAAUGUUGGCAGAAAACAGCCAUUGUUUUCCGAUUGCAGUAGCUCCUUAUCGGCAAGCCCGUUUCAGUUCCCAGAGCCUGCCGCCAGGGGGAGCCGGUGCGGCAUGGACGGUUCUGAAGGCUUUGCUUGGAAGGCGUUCGUUCCCCUAUUGCUCUGUCAGAGAGGGAGUAACUGGGGCCAGGGGGACCCCUGAAAUGGCGGGGGUUUUACGACCACUGCUGGCAACCCCAUUCCUCUGAUCUGGGAGUAGCUGCAUGGGUGGGAGCGCCCCAGCCCAGAGUCGGGUGAUUGGGCUGUGUGAUGUGCUCUAGGGACCAAGAUGGAGAGCCCUCGAGAGGAUUGUACUUCAACCAGGGGAAAGAUUCAGACCAGCACUUCUCAAGCUUUAAUGCACAGUCUAAAUCCCUGGCGUCCUGUUAAAAUGUAGGUUCUGAAUCUGUAGUUCUGGGCUGGGGUUUCAGAUUCUGUCUUUCUGACGAGGCUCCAGGUGAUGUUGACGCCCAUGAUCCAGGGGCCAGACUGACUGAAUAGGUUUAAAUUCUGUCACAGCGAUGAAAGUGUUGUGUCUGAGGUAAACACAGGUGCCGUGGGAGAAGAGAGGUGAGGACGAGCGCUGGUGACAGUGCUUCACAGUGACAUGCCAGGCGGGCCCGAGGCUGGUGUCCCUCGGCGCUAGGAGAGGGGUGCAGGGCGUUCCACGGGCGGGGGGGGGGGUCUCGGCCAAGUUUGCUGUGCGCCAGGAGUGCCUGUUGCUUUACACAACAUUCAAGGGGUGUAAGAGCGUAUUCACGGAAAAGUCCCCCCACCCCCCCGUUACUCAGUUCCCUUUCCCAGAGACAACCAAUUCUUAACGUUUCUGGCGUUUCCUUCCCAAAAUAUUCUUUGCCUGUAUAAGUGCAGUGCUGGGUAACCUCUGAGGUUGCCCUCGUGGUCCCCGACCAUCUCACACCCCAGUAGGUCUCUCCCCCUCAGUGCAGGCUGCACUCAGACGUGCUCGGGGAACGGAACCCUGCGCUGGUGGUGGGGCGUCACUGCCGAAACUAGCCUGGGGAAAACUGCAGCUUCCACCUUGGGGGUCGUCACUCACUUGCUCACUUGCCCUGGAGGAAGUCAGCCGCGAUGCUGGGGGCGGCCCUGUGGGGAGCUCGUGGGAGACCCGUGCUGGCAACCACCUGCGAGAGCUUGGAAGCACCUCCCCUCUCUUCCGGUUGAGGCUUCAGGUGAGACCACAGCCCCAGCCGGCAGCUGGACCACAGCCUCAUGAGGACCUGCGCCAGAGGCAACCGGCUACGCUGCGCCCGGGUCCCUGACACAGGUGACAAAUGUUUCAAGUCAUUCGGUUUUGGGGUGAUUUGAUCCGCAGCAAUUGAUAUGUUUCUGUGUAUGCCCUAUCGUUUUAUGUAACUAGUAGAAUAUAUCCACGGUUUUUUUACCUGCUCUUUCCUACUUACUGUAUCUUGGAGAGUGUUCUGUGUGAAUACAUAAGAGCUUCCUUAAUUUUCUCGAAACCAGCUGCAGUUUUCCGCAGUGUGUGCAUACCGUGCUUCAUUUAAUUAGCCCCUUACUGAAGGACAUGUGGGCUGUUUCCACGUCUCCGUCUGUCCCACCCCUGCUCCCCUGUGACGCUGUUUUCCAGUGAGCUAAUCGCAUCCCACCCACUCAGACCGAAUUAAAAAAAAGAAAAACAACUUGCGUGGGUAUUUUUAUUGGAAUCAUUUUAAACUUAGAAAUUAAUUUAGGGAGAAUUGCCAUAACUGGAGUCCUUCUAGCACUCUUCCAGCUGUGCUGGGGGCUUUGGUUCAGGCAGCAAAUGUGAGUUCCUUUCUCUGUUUUCCUCAGUUGGGGAGACAGACUCUGUGUGUUCAGAACCGCAUUACUGUCAGUGAGACGAUCUGUUGGGAUGAAUGAACUCGGGUUCCUUCUUUCCUGUCUCUGCC